AUGACCAAUCGAGCAACAACUCGGUCCGCUCGUGGUUUCUUAUUGGUGAUUACAACUGCUGCCUUGACAGCCCAAGCUUUUUCGACGAGCGACAUUUCACAAAGCGGAAGUCGUGGUGUCAAUAACAAGAACCUUCACCACAGCGGAAUCCAGACGACGACUCAGUGUCAACCGUGGCGCCCUUGGAGUCAAAAUCAACGCAUCGCUCGUGGAUAUUCUUCAUCCUCUCCUUUGCAUCAAACUCGCCGUCCCGGCAAUCCAAUCACGGGGCUUUUUAGUGACAUGGCUUCUUCCAUCUCGUCAUCCUUGUCGAGUACUCCUGGAAAGCCCAAAUUCAAUGUCGACGCGUUGGAUCAGAAACUGAACGCUGCGGUCGACCAAGCUUCUUGGGAAGACAUUCGAACCAAGUUGGGAGGUCAACAAACGGAAGAAGAAAAGGCCUUUCGUUCCAACGUCGAAAAGGGCAUUGGGAAAGCCUCGCCUCUCAACAAAGUUCGUCUCUUUGAUGAAUCCAACAGCGAAAGUGAUAUCCGAGUGACUUUUUACCGCGACCAUGCAUCUUGGUGCCCCUAUUGCCAAAAGGUUUGGUUGACUUUGGAAGAGAAAAAGAUUCCUUAUAGAAUUGAAAAGGUCAACAUGCGUUGCUAUGGAGAAAAGACGAGAGAAUUUAAGAAUCUGCAACCAAGUGGAGCCAUUCCUGUUGCUAUCAUUGACGGAGAGACCUACAACCAGUCCAAUGAUAUUAUUUUUGCCCUCGAAAAAAAGUUCCCAAACAAAAAGUUGCUACCAGAGGACCAAAUGGGACAACAGGACGCACAGCAGCUACUUCGUUUGGAACGAUCACUCUUUUCGGCAUGGAUGUAUUGGCUCACUGGUAGUAACUCUGCUGGAACAAAAAAGACUUUUGUUGAUACAUUGACUCAAGUGGAAAAAGCAUUGGAAUCAUCAUCCGGUGGAGACUUCUUUCUGGGAAAAGAUGUCAGCUUGGUGGACUUUAUGUUUGCACCCUUCCUCGAACGAAUGGCAGCUUCCAUGGCUUACUUUAAGGGUUUUCCAAUUCGAGUUGUCAAGGGUGAAAAGACCGACUUUCCAGCGGUGAACAGAUGGUUCGAUGCUAUGGAGACUCUUGAAUCCUAUCACCUUACUAAGGGAGACUUUUACAGUCACUGCUGGGACUUGCCACCACAAUUGGGUGGAUGCACAUAUGAUAUUUCCAAAGGCGAACCAUACACCAAGGCAAUCAAUGGCGAACGUACGCUUGAUGGGUCCCGCGGAAGCUGGGAUCUGCCUCUGGAACCACACAACCAAGGUGUCGAACCAGAUUGGGACUUUUUGGGACAGGACGAAGCUGCUGCUAAACGAGAAGCAGUGGAACGGCUGUCUUUCAACCAUAAAGCAAUUGUUCGCUUCGCAGCCCGUGGUGCUGGAAAGAAAGGCAUGCCACCCUAUUCGGCACCUCUUUCUGAUCCCAAUGCGGUGCCUGGAGAAAGUGUGAUCGGUUCGGUGGACACGAUCCUGAAGCUUGUUUCUUCCGCGAUGUUGGAUGGAGUUGACAACCAAAAGACCACUGCUGAAAUGAAAGAGACUGCGAAGAUAAUCAUGGCCGACGGCGGAGACGAGCACCGAGACAACGUGAUUGCUAGCUUGGCUUAUCUACGAGACCGAAUUGGUGUCCCACGCGAUAUGCGGCUUCCAGCAGCACGUCAGUUACGAGCACACUUGAAUUGGUCGAUUGGCAUCAUUCUUGAGGCUAAAUAG